CACCACAUCAAACUCACUAUCUGUAAAUCACCUCACACAUCCCGCCUCCACCACCGCCCAUGUCCUUCUCUCUCCGCGGUAAACAUGCCAUCGUGGUCGGAGGUACCGGUACGCUGGGCUUCCGUAUCGCGAGCGCGCUUGCAGACCGCGGCUCUGUUGUGACCAUCAUGAGCCGUAAUGCCGUUGAUGAUCGCCAAGUCCUUGAGCCCAGACUCAAACCUUUUGAGCCUCUCCCGUACAGGGAGGACUUCGACGGCGGGAGACGCCCAACAGAGCACCAGUUCAAACGCCUGGAUGCCCAAAGGGGAGACAUUUUCAAGGGUCUAUUUCCCACUCUGGGUCCCGUUGAUGUCCUCGUCAACUGCGCUGGCACCAGUCAAGCGUCAGCUCUCAAGAGGACCGGCGAAGAGGAAAUUCAACGGAUCCUUAACCUCAACCUCCGGGCGACUAUCCUCGCCUCUAAAUAUGCCAAAUUAACCAAUCAUGGAUGCAUCAUCAAUGUUUCAAGUCUUAUGGCUACCAAAAUGGGUGCUGGUGCUACAGUAUACGCCGCUUCAAAGGCUGGUGUCAUUGGUACGUUCGUGAUAUAUCCCUAAUCUUAUGCUAAUGAAUCCCACAUUAUUAUACAUGCCAAAAAGAACCUGCUGACUCCAUAUCGUCGCAGCUUUCACCCGUGCCCUAGCCCUUGAGUAUAAAAGUCGCUCUAUCCGCGUCAACACAUUGCUACCGGGUUGGAUACAGAGUCCAAUGUGGAAUGGUGAGUCUCCCCUUCCUGCGCCUUCAAUCCCUGGCGCCUAUCACCCUUGCGAAGACGAAAGCCAAUGUUAAUGUACAAUGCCCUGUUUUAGAACUUACUGAGACUGCUCGAGAGGCUUACCUCAAGCAGUGUCCCUUGGGUCGUUUGGGAACGCCCGAUGAGGUAGCCGACGCUGCCAUGUUUUUGAUAACCAACCGCUUCGCCAACAAUUGCGUGCUGAACCUGGAUGGUGGCUUAAGCGCCAACUAGUAAAGCCAUGGUUCCUAGGAUAUACGCAUCGUCCUUUCAACCCCUUGAAUUACCCUUCAAUCGUCAAUGACGAUAGCGCCGCCGGCGGCCCGACUUUGGACUUCAUCCACAUCUACAAUAUCGGUUCCGGAUUCGGUGAUCUUGAGUUUCUUGAGAGGUGGUUCACCGUCCUCUCCAUGCGGUCUCUUGAUACCCUUCGGCUCGGCACUAACGGCCUGCUCAUCGUUGAGUUCUCCAUUGCCAUUCGCGGCGACUGGCUGGAGCUUCUUUGGUCGACGUGGAAUCUCAGGGAUCUCUGAGAAUGUAGCCUUAACCGGUUUCUCGUCUUCUUUCAAUGUACUAUAAAUUGUAAGCCUAGUUCAAUAACAACAGAGACAAGGACAAACCCUUCUUGGACAUUGAUAACCA